AUGGCUGUUGAAAGAGAAAGUUGCAUCAACUACAUUCACUUCAAUGGAAAAGUUUUUUACAACAAUGGUGAAUCAUGGAGCCUCUCAAAAGUUACCAGAGGUUACUGUCAGCCUCAUAAAGAUGCAGCAGAACAGACUGAAUGUGAUGAACUUGAUAAAAGACUUAAAAAUUUACCCAGAGUUACAGUGAGAGUAACACCAGACAGAUCUGUGUUCACUGGAGAGACAGUCACUCUGAAGUGUGAGAUAGAGGAUCAGUACAGAUCAUUUAACUGGACAUAUCUGUGGUAUAAAGGCAGAACUGGGACUUCAGUGUUUGAGGGAAACAUCUACACCAUCAGAUCACCAUCAGAUCAGGAUGAGUUCUGGUGUAGAGGAGAAAGAGUUGGACGACCCUUAUCCUCACAGUACAGUGAUCAUGUGACUCUUUCUGUUAAAGCCGCAGGAUCUUCAUCUCUUGGUCUUAUUGUUGGUCUGUGUCUUGGACUGAAUGUCAUGUUUUUGGUCUUUUUCUUGGCCCUGCUGUGGUGCUACAAAAACAAAAAACUCUCUCAGUGUCCCUCAGCUGUCAGUCAACAGCAGAACAUCAGUCAGACAUCAGAUCAGAAACAGACUGAAGAUGGUUACAUUUCACUACAGACUGGAGAGGCUCAUCUUUAUGACUAUACAACAGCUAAUAAAGACACAGGCACAGCGACUCAGGCUGGCCCCAGUGAUGCCGUGUAUUCACAGGUUAACGUCAAGAAAAAUAAACUCAAGAGCAAAGACAAUGAAAGUGAAUCAGCUGAUCUCACCUAUGCUGAUAUUGAACUGAAACCUAAAAAAGAAAUGAACACAAGAAAGAAAAAGAAGAAAGGGAUUAACAGUGAAAGUGAAGACACUGUAUACUCUAAACUGAAGAACGGGAGAGAUCAAGAUGUUGCUUCUGGAUCUGUUGAUGUGACUUAUGCCUAGAUUUACUAAAAGAGAGGAGAAAAUACAGCAAUACUUUAACUAAUGCUUAAUAUUAUCCAUCCAAACCUUCAUGUAUAUCAGAGUAAAAGCAUGCUAAUCUUUGAUUGUCUAAUAGCACGAUAGUGUUUUUAGCAUAUUUUUUUAUUAAGGUUUGAUGUCUGGUGUGCAGCUUGUAGCAUGAAAGAUGACUUGAACUUCAGUCCUGACCUAAUAUACAUGAAUAAUCUUUUCAGUACAUCCCCAUUAAGGGCCCUAUUUUAACGAUCUAAGCGCAUUGUCUAAAGCGCA